CUAGUUUGACCCGUACACAUGCCCGACGUCAGAACAAGCCUUUCAUCUCAAGUGUCCUGACCGGUGAGGCAGCUGUGGAACUCCCAGGGACUGCUGAAGACGUGACGUAGUUUCUUUGACAAGAUCUUGAAACACAAAAAAGUAGUCCUGCUUUACAACUACGAUGGCGAAGAUGCUCUUGUUUAUCACUUGUAUAAUCGAGGCGGUAGCCCUGUCGCAAGGUCAGCAGUAUGUGACCAGUGAAGCUGGAUGGGCUUUCCACAAAGUUCUCGUAACAGGCGCCAUGACUAAUACCAAUGUGAAAAAGGCAUGUGAAGCUGCGGGGAUGAGCCUCCCUUGCUACUACUCCAACGACGAGUGUUAUUCAGGCGUCCACUGGACGUCUGACUGCAUCAGUUACACCGCCGUGAACGGAGAGUGCCGCACCCCGUUCGUGCUAGCUAACGCGCUGUGUGGAGCCUCCCCUGACCACGGAGCCAGCUGCCGGCCCCUGGAUGACAUCUUCGUGUACUACCCGUACCGGGCGUACGGUGACAGCGCCUGGGGUACUGACUACGACACCACCACCUAUGGACUGAACGGGUUAGACUUCAAGGACAAGUACGCCCUGUGUACUGAUUUUGACAACUGUGUGAGCAGUCCUUGUAACUCCGGAGGGACAUGUGAGGAUCGACUGUACGGCUACAGUUGUUACUAUAGCAACGGUCACAUUGAAACACACAUUGACGCAUGCGACUCUAAUCCUUGUCAAAAUGGCGGGAGCUGUCAUGCGCACAAUCACGGCCAGAUCUUCCACUGUACCUGUCCUUACGGUUUUGUGGGGGAAACCUGCCAAACCAGUGAGUAA